AUGCUGACCGAUUCAAGUUUGACAAACAUAUUUCUUGUGAGCGGUGUCUCUCACAUACGCUAUCGAGUGUACAGCCAGCAAUGCGAACGCUCUCAGCUUGCAAGUCUCCUGAAAAGUGAGGCAGUACCCGAGUCAAUCAGUCUCAGUAAUCACCAUUGGCCCAAAGACCACCAACCUGAAAGCAUUCUCAUUCAAGCCUUUCGUAACCUGGUCCAGUUGAAUAUACCCUGUGUAUGGCGUCCUGCCCCAACGACCCAACUCGAGGAGGAAAAGGCUAGUAACAAGGAUGAUGAUGAUGAUGUCGUGCUAUUGGAAUUAUGGGUGUUUUGGUUCGAUGAUCGGCAUACUGGUCUCGUGGAUAAUAAUGAAAUGCUUAAACAGCUUGAAGAGAUCAAAAUGGGAUCCUUUACUUGGGAGAAUACGAUUGCAAAGAACAUAUCACCAACAGCAUCACCCGUCACUGGCAAUACAUCGUCGUCGUCGGUUAGCGUGGCAACCGUGAUCAAUCGCGUAUCGAAUGAAUACAUCUUGUUUGUGAAAGCUGUUAAACGUUUGAUUCGAUGCUCAAUCUUGCAAAAGGGAGGAGUACUACCCCUGGGCGAGUUCUUCAUCUUUUCCCACAAGUCGGAUAUGACCCACGACAUUCUACCUUAUACCACUGAAUCCGCCACCAUCAAUGAUUCCAUGCUUUCAUGUACAUACAACGUCUAUUUAUCCAAUACCAACCUUGUUGUUCAACCUGAUGUACGACGACUGGAAAUUCGACCAUUGUCACUUUCCGAUCUGGAUAAAAAAGAAGGAACAACAACGACAGUAAUCACAUCUCCUUUGGGUGAACGUGCAGCUAUUCUUCCGAUGCACCAAGACAUUCCAGAGCAACUUGAAGAAAAGAUAUUGCGGGAGUGGUCGCUGCUGUUUGAUAUCCCCCUCCGCUGUCUCAACUCAUGCCGACAACAACGUCCGUGCGCCGCUCCAAAACUACCAGCUUUGACACCUAUCCGCUCUUUACGCGGGGACGUUGUUCUUUACCCGACCGCUCUCCUCUUCAUCUCUACAGCUUCAACAACCUUAUCUUCUACCAACUCUGAUAUGAAUAGUGUUUUACGUUAUCACCAAGGAUACACCGAGGAUUUAGUACAACAAUGGAAUCAUUGGUGGUGGAGUGAUCAAAUCACCAAUAUUGCCACUCGCAACAAGACGCAACAGCAGCAUCCUCAUCAUCAUCAUCAUGCAUCAUCGUCGCUUUUGAAUUACUGGGAUUAUGGAAGUCCAAAGUUACAUACAGCAUCUGCCAUGUUUGAUACACUCUCAAUGACAGCUGAGAAUAUCUCAGCCAAUGGUGUUCUUACAAAAGCAUUGGGAGAACCCGUGGGAUCAAGUCCUAUCAUGGCAUCCAAAACAGUAGCAACGCCUGCUAGCUUAGGAUGCAAGAAUGAAACCAUGUCGCCACCAUCAACAAAGGAAGGUGAAGAGAAUCGUCGAGUUGAAGAAGAAUCAGAGCUUUCGGUGGCCGAUUUUGCACGUAUUCAUUUUGCAGAUCCAAUCGAGAAGCAACAGCAACAAUCGAUGCUUACAUCACCGGAUGUAAAACCUGAACCAGUGACGACCACGACCACGACGACCACGCCUGUACAAGAAAUUCCUAUCACAGCGUCUACAACAGCACCACCCACAAUGAACAUUUCCAAUAACAAUACGAUGGGCUACAUGGAUUCAACAGCGCUUUUAUUAUCGGGUGGCGCGACAACAGAUCAAAUGGCAGUUAAUGCAGCAGGCAAUACAACCACCACGACCGAUGAUGCAUUUGAUUUUCGAUUUGGUAUGGAUGCAUUGGGUGGAUCAGCCUAUGACAUGUCCAAUCGAUGGGGAGAUGCCAUGGAAGAUCUCGACAAUUUGGAUUUACAUGUCACUGAAGAGGAUUUUGAUUUCUUUGAAAGCGAGCCGACAUCCAACAAAGCACCAGCUUCGCAACAACAACAGCAUGCUGAUUUCAACAAUGAUUUCUUAAAAGUGACAACGCAGAAUUUUCAACAACAAUUACAACAACAACAGCAACCAUCUACGACCAACGAGAAUGAUCGAUUGAUGUUGAUGGAAGGAAUGCCAUUAUCAGGAAUUGGCGAGGUACCUGAGGCGGAUGGAGAAAUUGAUUUGGAUGCAUUAUUGGGAGGAUCCAAUGGUGUCUUGGAUGAUGAUCAGCUACUUGGCAAUACCUCGUCUCAAGGGCAACCACAAGCUACAACCGUAACCACAGCAACAUCAGGAGGAACGCAGCCCAGCCCUAUGAUGACCAAUGGGAAUUUGACAGCGACAGAGACAUCAGCUGAUGAUUCGGCAGCAUCAUUCAAAGAGAAAUCAAUGUCACUUAGGGGCAUGACGACAUCACCUAUGCUUAUGGAACCCACACUUGAGAAUCAUUUUGUACCACCUGAUUUUGCACCUGUACAGUUUUCAGAUGGCGUUGACAAUGCAAAGUAUUUGGAUGGUGGGAAAUUCAUGUACGCACCCAAAAAAGAUGAAUCAGCUCGAGAUCCUAUCAGCAUCAAACGAAAACGUCGGCUGAGACGCAGCUUGUAUAGACCCGAUUAUGUCCCUCGAAUAAGGAAGCGGAUCAAAAACAAAGACGACACCAACAACAGCAUUGUGCACACAUACCCCAACUAUACCCCUCCAUCUAUACGACCCUUGUUGAUGUAUCGACCUAAUAAUUCGACUACAGCAGUCAACAAAUACCACAAGCCGCCACAACAAACCACCCUCGAUUUGGCUGAAGAGGAAGAAAGUAGUUGCAGCAGCAGCAGUAGCACUGAUGAUGAUGAGUCGUCGUCAAGUUGUUCCGAGGAAGCGUGUGAUGAAGAAGAUGAGAUCAAAAGUUAUUCCAGCCAAGAGAAAAAGAAAUCCGAUUCGCAUGACCCUGAAUGGUGGAUGUCUGGUUUACAAAGUGUGCAUGAUUCAGUGGUUGACCAGCUAUUGGUGGCAUCGCCCUCCAUGAGGAGAAAUGGCAGUGAUACUGAAACAAAAUCUGAUACAAGGACGAUUCAAUCACAAGAGGAUUUCAAGGUACUGGAUUACCUUUGUCAGCAAGUGGUGAUGGGUGGUUAUCCUUUCGACAAUGGCUUGUCAGCUGUAUCAUCCAACCUGGGUCAAGUUCAUAUCGGCGAAUCCACUACAGCAUUGGUUGCUCAACGAAGGAAAUUAUUGCAACGCGCGCAUGGAGCAUUCAGUCAUGUCCCUUCACUAUCGAAUGAUUUUCAUCGUGUCUCCCAAGACUUUAAGGAUGUGCUCAUGAAUAUCUUUGAUCGUACAAGGACCUCAACAGUGACGACGCCUGAUGCCAACAGCAGCAGCAGCGCCACAAACGCGGAUGGUGGCAUGUUGCCAAUGACAGUGGGCACUGUGGCUGUUAAAGGUCCAUUGAGCGUACAACAAUACUAUGAUCUUUCGGAGACCAGCCAAGCACAAUCCAAGUAUGGCAAAUAUCAAGUACGCAAACGUCGACCCGCUGAACCCAAUCUUGAUACCCUUACACCACCCGAUAUCCUGGCUGGACGUCAUGAAGAAGAGUACAUUGAAGGAUCGCCUCAGAUGAUUACUAUGUGGGAAAAGUUGAGAUUGGAGCCAUACUCUUCAAGGAAGAAUGUCCUUUACUUUGUUGUGUAUCCAGCCAACGAACAACUCGAAUCGACAUGCUCCCAUUUCUUCAAAGCUCUCAGCACGGUGUAUGAAUCCUGUCACUUGGGGAUACAUCAUUCCGGCACAAUCAGCACUUAUCGUCGUGGCCUCGUACCGGUGCCUCUUUUGCCCCCUUCAUCUCCAAAUGAAACCUGGGAAGAACGACAACUACGAAGCUACAAUGCAGAGUGUCAGAACCUUGGAUCAGCUCUUGGAAAUGCCAUGGUGGAACGAAUGCAUAUCGUUAUCUAUAUCGUCAACCCCAGCAAUACCAUGUCAUCCCACUUUGAUCUCAGCCGUUGCUAUCACAAGUUGAUGGUUGCCUACCAUGCAGCAUCCAUGGGUAUAUCCACACAUAGCCUUCAAGAACGCCGUGCACGUCUUGUGAUGCAGCUGGUACCCAUUGAGCACAUUAUUCGAUCCUCAUCGGCUUUUGGCGGUUACACCAAAUUUGGAUUGAAGGAUAUUGCAUUCUCUGUGUAUAGCAAAUGCCUUCCUGUCAUGAGUCGAAAACAUCCAAAGCCCGAUGUGGAAGAUGCUGGGCCCAUAGCUUCUACCAUGUAUGCUCCACCUUUUAUCCUUGCAAAGUCAUCACCAGAUACCAUCCAAUUCUCGCUCAAAGGCUCAGCCAAUUUAUUCCCUACUAUCCUUGAAUCGAACGCUACCCUACAUAUGGCUUACAGCUUUACCUUGGAUCGACGGUGGAUUAUUCUUGUAUGGACCGAUAACCAAGGCGAGUUGCUUGAAUACGCAGUACGAUACAUUGACAACGACAAGACCAUGGCACAAGUGAUUGAGGAUGCUUGGAAGCAAACUUUGCAAGUAUCAGCAAGAACAGGGUUUGAGUGGACGUUUGUGAUCGCCAAAGUGGGAUUGAUGUUCCUGGAGGAACUUCAAAUGUGGGCUGAUUGUAUACCGAAUGAUGCAAAAGUGGCUAUUACAUGCGUUGAUAUGGAAUCGGCAUUACGUGUGAAUGCUGAUCAAUUGCAUGGAUCAUCAAUCAACAUUGCCUCAGUGAUGGAUUAUCCACAAACGCCUGGUUCUUCAUCUGCCAAUACACCAACACCAGAAGCAUUCAGUACAACGAGCAUGCCAUCUUCUGCUGUUGGAGGAAUCAAGAAUAAUGUAUCGGAUACUGGAUCAGCAGCAGCAGCAGCAGCGGCCAAUAAUGAUAUGAGUGGUGCCACCAAAACGUUACUACUCAAUCAUCGUGUGGCCUAUUCUCAACAACGAGCUCAAGUGUCAGAAGCGUUAGUUGGUGGAUUGAAUGAUGAAGCUGAUGGCAAUUGGAUGUUACCAUUAGCAACAGGCUACUUGAUUCACAUUUAUGCAAAACCAGAGAAUCCUUGUCGAGAGCAAAUCAACAAUGAACCCUUGAUCAUGGAUGUACACUUGCUUUUCAACCAGACGAGUCAUUCAGCUUACAGCACAUUACGCAACAUUAUCAAACGAUAUCACGCUCUUGCAUAUGUUUAUACAACCCCAUCAGCUGGCGGCUCAUUACCCAUUCAUGUCGUGCUUGUGAGUCGUCUUGAGCAUGUUCUCAGCAUCAUCAGCAAAACUUGA